AUGGCGCUCACUCACCAACAAAUUGAGCUGAAUUUGGACGAAUUAGGAGCUGAUUUUUUUGUUGGAAAUUUACACAAAUGGCUGUUUGCUCCACGCGGCUGCGCUAUUUUAUACGUAGCGAAACAACACACAGAUAAAAUCCACGCUCUUAAUUCAUCAUGGCAUCUUUACGAAGGAUUGAACGCAGAAUUUAUUGACAACGGAACCAAAGACCAUACGCCAUUCUUUUGUGCCGAGGCUAGUUUGAAUUUCUUUAAGAGUAUCGGUGGUUUUGAAAAGGUUUACGGGUAUAAUAAGAAGUUGAUUCGAGAGGGAAGUGAGUAUCUGAUGAAGUUAUGGGGAACAGACAAGCAAGAUAUACCAGAAACCAUGGAAGCUCCGUUUAUGAUCAACGUUCAACUUCCGCGACUAAAAGGUGUCGAAGUUAGCGGAGAGUCGACGAUGAAAUUACAACUAGAUUUACUGGAAAAUCAAGACAUCACUUCAGUCUUCAUUACUUAUCUUGGAGUGAAUUAUUGUAGACUCAGUUGUCAAGUCUAUAAUACAAUGGAUGAUUUUAUUAAAUUAGGUCAGGCUGUGAAAAAAUUAAUGAUUUAA